GUGGCUUAGAACAAAGGAAUCGGCUUCGGCCUGCAAAUCCGGCACCAACUCUAUAGUCUCGCAGUGUUGACCGAAUGACGAGAAAGCCAACCCGUAGUUUUUUCCCGCGUUAUCAAACUAAAGCCACGUGAGUGUUUUCUGCGUCUUCAGCUCUUUUCGCGUUCCGAAUUUGCGCAGUCACUCCAGUUUUCUUUGGAUACAUGGCUAAAACUCCUGCUGUGGCCGCUGAACUGAGCUAGAUCUUGUUUGCAAUAUCCCACAAGAUUAGACAAUUCUUCCAGUUGCACGGCAUGGAUCUUCGCUUUCUCCGAACUUAUCACGAAGAGGUGGCACCACCAGGUCCAGUUUUCUUUGUAUAACACCACAGGUGGCCAUUGCGGAAAAUCAUCCGCAAAGGGUCGAUGGGGGAUAGCAGGAGCUAGAAACGAACCAUACCAGACAGUCCAUCACGGCAUGCCACAGAUGUUGAGCGUUGUGCCCCCACGAGCAGAAAAUCUACGAGGUGCGGGAGUUUGAUCGUAUCAAGCUGAUCUCCCGCAAGCGCUUCGCGUUUCACGUCACCACCUACCCCGGAUUAUUACGGUUAUUACCGGCAUCACAUUCCCUGGCCAUGCAAAGAAUGUCCCAUCUAGCGACCUCAGCCUGGUGCGAGGGCAGGCUGGCAUGCGCGCAAUCAUGAAACGAGGUGACGUGAGUGCAAGGGAUGAUGAGAAUAUGCCUUGAUGGCCUUCUGCUAGGCUACAGGAACGUUUUCGUGAUUUUCAAUGCAGCCCAUGGCGCUGAAUGAGCGCGACAAGGUAACCGGGAGCGUAAGCUUACUUGACUCCUGUAUGUUGUGUGACAUUGAGUGGUGACACGAGAAGCAAAAUUUUUGCGCUUUUUGCGCAAUAACGGGUCUAUGUCAGGGAAUGAAGUUUGCAGAGAGAGAGAGAGAUUUGAUUGUCCUCAGUGCGGUUUUUUUUUCUCCUCACUUUUAUUCUUCUCUCACUCUUCGCUGACUUUUUCACACGGCUUGCAGAUAUCUAACAGCUCGAGUCAUGAAAAUUCUUCUCGUUAUCGAAAAGCGAAUCGCUGCAGGACGAAUGCAAGAAAUAGAUCAAAAAUCUCCUCGCUCUCAUCCUGACCGUGUGUUUCGCUUAAAGUUUCUACAGUCCACGGUCCUUGAUUAUCAGUCUUCUGCUUCCUAAUUCGGAGUACUCUCUCUCCUAUCUGAGCAAAAGAAUGUGGUUCCCUGUACAAUCACCAACACAUGCGCCACUCUUGCGAAGAUUAGUCUGGUGAUGAUUCGCGUACUUCUAAAGACCACUGUGUAGUCAUAUUCUCCUCUUGCUGACCUCUGAGCCCCCUUCUCGUAUCCCAGGGUUUGAAGGUCUUAACUUUGGUCUCCUGUACCUGGCUCGUUUUCCACGAUCCCCGAAAGACUGGGGACAAAGAAAAUUCAUGGUUUACCUUGGAUCAGCCUCUCAACAGUCGAUCAUGAAUCAUGUGUGAUCCCAAUGAGCAGCUAGAAGCACUGACGUUUGGGACAUCAACUGCCGUUCCGCCUGUCCGUUCCCACACCUCAGGUGACAUCUAGGGACGAGCUUCAAGAAUUUGUACGUAAGACCCAAGCAUUGCAAAAAUUGUCACGCAAGUGUUCCUCGCCAGGGAAACUUUCUCAGCUCCACAUACAGGCUGACAGACGGCCCCGAAGUUUGUCUUACGUGGUCGGCGUUGAACUAUCUGUCAGUCCCGCCUGCCGCGCCGAGGAUGCUGGACCGGAAUGCUGCAUCUCGUGUGUUUAAGAUUCGCGCUCGACCGCGUGCAGACCAGCGACAGGACGCAGGCGACGACCUUUUUAUUGGGCUUCGGCCUUGUCUGCACGCACACCUGGAGCUUGAUGCACGGCCUUCCCGUUACGUGCGUUCGGAACGGCUUCGGAAGUCUCGACGGGUGCCGCGUCGGUGACAAGGUGGACGGCGCGACGAAGAAGCCGGCUGUCCGAGCAGAGCCCAGGGCUCUCGCGCACUUACGGCGAAGUCGUCCAACGUGUCGGCGGGUUACAUGUCGAUGGGAAAAGGGGCGGGAAACAGACCACCACUCACGAAUGAGAUGUCAAGGAUUGGCAUUCUUGACGACAGAGUGCCCUUCAAGGAGCCUGGAUGGUGCUUCGUGCUGUGCCGUUCUGCCAGUGAGCAUUCACCACGAUUCAAGACGAUACUUGAUUGACAGCGCAUCGGGUGUCAACACAGACAGUCCCUGUUUGCAACAGUCUACUUGUCAUGUACUAAAGCUUUGUUGCUAUUGACUUUUGUCGUCUACAUUCAUCUUAUGUCUAGCGCGUGCAAAGCCUCACAUCACAUGCAUGGCGCUAUCAAAGGCCAUCGGAUGGCAGCUUGCAAUUGCACGCAAUACGAGCCCUCUAUCAAACAUGACAAAUCUCUUCUCAUAUGCUUGCGAUAGGACUAGUAGACUGCAGUCGAUCUCAUGAAUCAAACGUAAAGCGCCUAUCAGGCUGCACCGUUAGCGUCUGCUUUCUUCUUUUCCGCUCCUCCUUUUGGUUUUUCUGGUUUCGCCGCUGGGUUUGGAUUGCCCUUCCACUCCAGUUUUCGUGGCGUCAUGUAGCUCUUCAGCACCUCGUCCGUGACGGCUUUGCGGUUCUCCUGGAAUUCUUUCACAUAUUUCCUAUCCUCUCUCAAUCGCCAUCUUCUUCAGCUCCCCGGUCAACAAGUCACCCUUGCGAUAUGCAGCCUCCACCUCGGCAAUCUUCUCGUCCGAUUCCUCAAAGUAGGUCAAAUACUGGAACGCCACGUCCACAUCCGGGUUUCCACCGUAUUUUCUAUGCUCUUCCACGGUUUCUCGACCGCCCGAAAAUGCACCUCCCAUCUUUUUCUGUAUCUGCUUAGGCGUGUCGGUCAUGAAGAUUGCACUAUUAGGGUCGCUUGCAGACAUCUUGCCGCCAGCACCCUGAAGAGCCGUAAGGAAUUUUGAAUGAAUCUGAAGCCUGUCAGGACACACGUAGACUAGGGUUGACAACAUAAGUAGGCUGUACUUACAAGUGCUGGCUUGGGUGACGGAUUCUUCAUCCUAUGGCAGUUGUCUCUGACUAGACGGAAGUAAGGAUCUUGAUCAAUAGCACCUAGCAACUUUUAGCAAUUUACAGCGACCUAUCCUGUGGCCGAGACGUACAAGGAAUCAAGCAAGGAAUCUUGCCCAUAGCCUUUGUCCGAUCUUUGGUCUUGUCAUGGCCCCAGAUCUCUGGAUAACUCGUCGCGAAAGCCGCAACGCACUGUAGAGCCGGGAAUACGAUCCUGCCAAUGUUUGUUGACUCGUUGAAGCCGAACGCACCCCUAACUUGGUUGAACGUGACAAGCUUCGCGAAUUCCCACAUAUUCAUCAGCAUAUGUCCGCUGUUGUAUUCGAGAUCGCUGUAAAUGAAUGUCUUCUUCUGGUCGAAACCGCAAGCUAUGAUAUCCUUGGCAUUCUCAAGAGCGUACUUAUGAGUCUCUUCAAAAGGGAACAUCAAAGACGUCCUGGAGCCAUUUUGUGAACUGGAAUGGUAUCGUGUCUGUGGUGACAUUAGUUCAGCUACCUAAAUAGCGCAAACUUGGCGAAUCUGAACAUACGUCCCAAGUGCAGGGAGCCGCUGCUUGGGCCUCUGCCUGUAUACAAGAAAAAAGGCUCGCCAUAUUCGUACUUGUUAAGGAUGAGAUCGAAAUC